CAAAAUCUCAACAUUUCCCCGCUGCAAGAAGCCGAAAAGGAGAGAGCAGAACACGUUCGCAAAAUCCUCUUCAUAUCCUUCUCCGUUCCAUGGUGCUGUGAACGCGCGAUCUCCCUCAUCAUAAUCGAAGCCAAACCAAAUUUUUUCUGGGGCUUUCUCGAUGGACGAUAAGAUUUAGUGAAUUCACAGACAUCCAUAGAACCCUAAUCAUUCAAGGGUUUUCUCCAUGGAUCUUUCUACUCAAUUCCCUCAACAGCAACAGCAGCAAGCCUAUGACCCAUCUCAAGUUCAAUCCUACCAUCAAUCAACCCAAGCUUUCUACGCAUACCACCCAUACAAUCAACAGCACCAGCAAUACCCAUACGAUUACAAUUACACUCACGCCCAAGAUUACGCAAAUGCUUAUCAUCAACAACACCAACAACCCGCCUCGAUUCACCCUCCCGGGGUCCCAAUGCAGGGUGAAACAACUCAUGCGCAGAAUCCGUAUUAUCCGCAUGGGGUCGGGGACCAGCACCAGCAGCAACAAUGGAGUUCUUUGGACACAGUGGCGCCGCCGCCGCCGCCGCCGCAGCAGUGGCAGGGAAGCGGUGGGCCGUUGUCAAUGCCCGGCAGACCAAGUCUGGCGGGUGGAGGUUCGAGGAGUGGUGGAUCCUUUAGACAGGUUGGCGUGGGCCAUUUUGGUUCCAGACCAGAUGGCUCAAGCCCCUCAUAUCGUGGCAGGGGUCGAGGCCGGAGUCAUGCUGGGCGCUUCUCUUCCCCAGCAGAGAAGCCAGCAUCAUUUAGGCAUGAAGCAUCAUCGCAGACCCCAGGACAGUCACCUCAAUAUGUGGUGGGACCCGAGCUGGCACCAACUUCUGUAUCUGCGCAUGCACUCAGAACUUCUGUCUGGCCACCUCCACGCAUGGCAUGGUGUGAACUCUGUAGGGUUGAUUGCAACACGCCUGAAAUUCUUGAACAGCACAAGAAUGGAAAGAAACAUAAAAAGAACUUGCAGGUAUAUGAAGAGUUUCAGAAACUCAACGAGCUCCUGGUUAGAAGACGACAAACUGAGCAAGUGCCUGUUCCUGAAGUCAAUCAAGAAGUAGAUGUUCAGCCUGAGAAAGUUGAGAGAUCUGAGGAUAAACUUGCCUCACAAGAGGAUUUGUCUUCUCAAGCAGGAACUGAUGAAAAUAAAGUUGAAAGUGAGCAACAAAUGGUUUCAGAGACAGCUGCAUCAGAAGAAGAAACGAGAAAGCCAGGGAUGGAUUGUUUUGAAGUGCGUGGUUCCAAGCGGAAGAUGAGAGGUGGCCGUGGUGGCAAGUGGAUGAGAACUCAUGAAGGAUCAAGAAGAUCAGUUGAGCCUCCCAAACCCAAACAAGCUGUUUCCCUCUCUUGUGAAUUGUGCAACGUUAAGUGUGAGUCAGAGGUGGUUUUCCAAAGUCAUUUGAAUGGUAAAAAACACCUUUCAAAUCUUAAGCGCUUUCAAGGCCAGCAAGCUAUACUUGAACAAGCUGCACUUCAAGUGCUUUACCCAGCUCUCCUUCAAGCACUUGGCCCUCCUAACCCUAAUGCUUCAACUUCCUAUGCUCCUCAAUAUCAUCAAGAAGGUGUUCAUGGUUUUCAGGGCUUCACUCCUCAGCAGCUGGCACCUCAAAUUUUUCUGCCAGGUCAAGUAUCCGCACCCCCAGCAAAAACAUCAGCAUCAGCUUCAUCUUCUGGUUUGCAGAUCCAGGAUCAUCAAGAUCCCAAGCCUGAGCAAUCGCAAGCCAUGUCAGAAGCUUGGAGCCAGGAUGCCGCUGCAGUGGAAGCUAAGAGUAAGCCUGAAGCUGAACCAGGCGAUACAGUUCAGACAGUAACUUAAGGUAAUAUAACCGGGCCUAGGUCCUCCUAUUCUAGCACAGCAACAGGCAAUUCUAAACUAGUUACGGGGCGUGAAAAAUGCUUCAUCUGAUAUGUGGGAUCAAGGCACAUUUAUGGUCACAUGUUAAAGCGUUACUCCUGUCACUUGUGAUAUGCUUCCAUGACCCAUAUGGAUCCUUUUUAGCCGGUAUAAGUUGGAAGUGCCAAUUUCUUCUAUUAAUUUCAUAUGCUCAUGACUCUCUGAUGCUGAGCCAUAACUGUGGGUUGGCUGUGAUGUUCACAGGAACUUCCAGCACCUUGAGCUGGUGAAUGUGCAUGCAUCUUCUUUUCUAUUACUACUCUUAUAUUUUGAUAGAAAUUUUUUCUUUUUGCUAUUAAUAUGAACCUCGUAGCAAUUAUUUUUCUUUGG